AAUAACUAUCAGUCAUCAUCACUAGCUGCGCGCCCCUGCUGAUCCCAAGUUUUCCAAGGGUCAUUUGCCGCGUCUUUCGAUUCGCACCUGCGACGGCAACGAACUGAAUUCAUGGAAGAUGAGUCCGCACGACCUGUUAGGUUGAUGAACUUCGUCUCGGAGGAGCAGUUGGAAGAAUCGAAGAAAUCGAGGGGCGAGAGGGUUGAGGAUGGCACUGCCCAGAGAGAUAGACCGCUCUAUGAGAUUUUGAAAGAGAACAAAGACAAGCGAGAUGCAGAAUUCAACGAGCGCUUCAAGCAUAGACCACCCAAAGCUUUGGAUGAAGAUGAAACCGAAUUUCUUGAUAAAUUAGAGAUGUCGACGAGGGAAUAUGAGAGGCAGAUGGCAGAUGAGGAAGCUCAACAACUACGAAGUUUCCAGCUCAUCUCUCCACCAAGAGAUCUUCUGAACUUUCUGUUGGCUGCUGUGGCCGCACAAUCUAAUGUUGUGCAUGAGCUUAAAGAACCACCGACUCUUCCUGUGGAAGACAAAACAGUUGGAAGGAAAAAUCCACCAGCUCGCCCAUUGGGUGUCCUGAUAAAAGUCAAACCACCAGCAAAGAAAGCAAAGAUUGAUCCUCAGGGUUCUGAAGAGUAUUCAGACACUAGGAAAACCUCCGGUGACAAUGGUGGAAAAACUUCAGACCUUGUAAAAACAUCCGGCAGUGAUGGUACUAAUGAGACCCAUGACCUCCCUAUAUCUUGUCUUGUUUCAUAUAGUGAUGAAAGCGAAGAAGAAACAGACUAGCUGACAAAACCAAAGGAAGUGAAGAAAAGAUUUGGUUUCAUCUCUUAUAGGUCUAAUGAGCAGUUUUGUCCCAACUUGUGUGGACAAUCUUUUUGGAUGAUAUUUAUGAUAAGGUCUCUGGCAACA